ACUCAAGAGAUACUGCACGUAUUUGUUUUAUACAUAAGUGAUUGUUUAAGAGGUGUUGUAAAUGCUAUUUCGAAAUUGAAAGUGAAUAUCUUGCAUAUCGUCGAUUGCUUGAAAAUACGAGUAUUUGAGAUAAAGUUCAUUAACCAUACUAUGAGGAUUCGACACGCCGUCAGCGAAGAAGUCGUUCCAACCAAUGACGUUAAAUUUUCAGAAUAUCUUCGAAGAAAUCCUAGAUUGCCAAAAAAGAUGAGACCUGUCAAGGCAAAACCGUCAAAUUCAUCAGUCCGUACGAUUGGUCAGGUGAGUGGCCAUGGGAGAAAUUUGUUGUCAUCAAACCUUUUUGGGAUACAUAAUAUGUCUGGGGAGCCUGCCAGGAGGGUGUCUGACCAUGAGUACACAGCAACUUGGUCCGAGCUUCAUCGGUCUUACUCUAACAGUCUCGCAACUCCUCGCAGCUUGAUAGAAGACUUUGCGGAAAAUAAAUCUCACUUUUGCAAUGUAACCGCAGAAAAAGACGAACCACAGCCGGAGUCUACGAUGUCGUGUGGAGACAAAGUAAUUCCACCAAGGACCACAGACUCUGGUGUUCAGGUCAAUAUGUUCCACUGCUUGGAUUGUCGGCGGCAUUUGAUGUACGGAAAAUCAUUCAAACUAGAAAACAGCUGUGGUGGGAGUGACUCAGAAAAUCACAAUAUAUCCUCAAUUACCUGCUCGAACUGUGAAUGUGAGGAACCAGAUGUAAAAGGUGACACAGACAGAAAACCAAAUUAUCUCCCUAAUGCUCCUCAGGCAGGAAAUUUUCACGCAAUGCUACAAAGGAGUAAGAAGUUUUUGUGGUUGUUUGACAAUAUCAAGUUUAUGACAAUUGCCCUUUUGAUAAUACCUCUGAUUUUUUAUCUGAUGCAAUUACAAGUGUUUACAUCAGCAAUUAAACAUUUGUUGGGACAUCAAGUUGAAGAAGAACCUCACAAGUCAAUCAGAUGUACUACGAAUGGGAAAGUUCUCCUUCAAUUGAGGAAAUAUGAUAACCGGUCAGCUUUAGUUGAAAAAAUCAAAAAAGCCCUGUUGUUAAGGGUACCAUUUGAGAACUCAAACCUGGGACUUCCACGGAGAUGUGGGACCUUGACUGACUCCACGGAGGCCAUCACAAAGGCCAUCCCUGAGAUACAGAAUGCUGACUCCAUGAAGGUAUGGCUCACUAAACCCAACAAAAGUGAGCAAUGCAUGGCGUUUGCGGAAAUGUAA